ACAAGUGGGACGAGCGAUGGAGCGAGCGCAGAUGAGCCGCACCGAGCCCCGGCAAGCGCACGCACUUUGAUUGAUCGCUAAUUGCGUACGUCAUUAAUAGCUGUCGCUGGCAUACAUUGCGUCAUCUUAUUUCCCUAAGAGUUGAGCACGUGAGCUGCGUGUGACUUCCAAGAAUGCCGUGGGACGAAAGUGGUGCCAAAAGCAGGUAAGCAUGGCGACGGGACGUGGUGGUUGCGGCAGGGCGCACAAGGACGCGGGCGAGGGUCUAGUGCACGUGAACGUGGGCGGGGUGAGGCACAGCCUCCGCUGCGGCGCGCUCAACAAGUUUCCCGACACCAGGCUGGGAAAACUGCUGGAGUGCCGCUCGGAAGAGGACAUCCUGCAGGUGUGCGAUGACUACGACGUGCGGCGGAAGGAAUUUUACUUUGACAGGAAUCCCGGCUUGUUCCCGUACGUGUUGCACUUCUAUCAGACGGGAAAACUUCACGUCAUGGAGGAGCUGUGCGUCUUCUCAUUCAGUCAGGAGAUGGAGUACUGGGGCAUCGAAGAGUUCUUCCUGGACUCGUGCUGCAGUUUUCGUUAUCACGAGCGCAAGCUGGGAAGCCGCUGCCGCCGCCGCCGCCGGACCAGCUGGGACGACGAUAGCGACGACGGCGGUGCCGGUGGGCGCGCCGAGCACGACGACAUACGCCGACUGCGCACGGAGCUGCAGCACUUUGACGAGGUGCGGUACGGCGGCGCCCGCCAGCGUCUGUGGCUGACGCUGGAGAAUCCGGGCUACUCGCUUCCCAGCAAGCUGUUCAGCGUGGCCUCGGUGGGUGUGGUGCUGGCCUCCCUGAUCGUCAUGUGCGUCAAAAGCCUUCCCGAAUAUCAGACUUUGGACCAGGACGGCAACUUGAUUGAGGAGCCCGCCGUCGACGUGGUGGAAGCGCUGAGCACGUGCUGGUUCACCUUGGAGGUGAUGCUGCGCUUCCUGCUGGCUCCCAACAGGAAGCGGUUUUUGCGCCAGCCUCUCAACGUGAUCGACGUGGCGUCCGUCUUUCCCGUCUACGUGACGCUCAUAUGUGAUUGGGCGCUGGGCGCCCAAUCAGAGCUGGGAGACUUGGGACGCGUGCUCCAGGUUUUGCGCCUGAUGCGGAUCUUCCGAGUUUUGAAGCUCGCUAGACACUCCACCGGCUUGCGCUCCCUGGGGGCCACGCUCAGGCACAGUUACCGUGAAGUGGGCAUCCUGUUGCUCUACUUGGCCGUGGGCGUGUCAGUCUUCUCCGGGAUGGCCUACAGCGCCGAGUACCAGCAGGACACGGGCCUGGACACCAUCCCGGCGUGCUGGUGGUGGGGCACGGUGAGCAUGACCACGGUGGGCUACGGCGACGUGGUGCCCGUCACGGCGGCCGGCAGGGUGGCGGCCGGCGGCUGCAUCCUGGGCGGCACCCUGGUGGUGGCGCUGCCCAUCACCCUCAUCUUCAACAAGUUCUCCCACUUCUACCGGCGUCAGAAGGCGCUCGAGGCGGCCGUACGAAAUCGCCACCCGGGGGGAGACGGCGGAGGGGCCGUGCUCAGCGGCGGCGAGUGGACGGCCACCUGCCCGCGGUGACUGAGCCACUUGCGACUAUAUCUGGGAUUUUUGAGUAUCAAAAUCAAAGCACACGUAUAAAAACGGACACUUUCUUGAAGAUGUCAACAUGUGGAAAAAAAAAGGAUGAGAUUUUUUGAUGAAAUCAAUAACUCAACGGUAUUUCGUCUUUUCCCAAUUCAGUGUACAAAGU